GAAAACCCAGCAAUGGCGACUGCGCCGUGCUGGCUUCGGCUCUCCAAUACGCAUGCGCCAGCGGCGUCCGGGGCAGACAGCUUCCCACCUGCUGGUUCGGACCUGCCACCCGUUUUCCCAGUUUCAAACCCAGCGAAUAUUUGGUCUACAAAUAUCAAGAACACCAGCUUUGGAGUCAGUACAGACCUGUGUCUGCUGCAUAGCUGAAAUCUUGGGCAGCUCUUUCAGUCUGGCAUGGCAGAAAAAGCAAUGUGCAUGUCCACACAAAUACCCGAUGAUGAAGAUAUACAAAGAGAAAAUAAUGUCCGUGGUUUAACUAUGCUUGGUCAUUUUGGUUUUGAAUGUUUGCCUCAUCAGUUGGUGAACAGAGCUAUUCAAAAAGGAUUUUCUUUUAAUAUUCUCUGUGUGGGGGAAACUGGACUUGGAAAAUCAACACUGAUUGAUGCAUUGUUUAAUACGAAUUUGAAAGAAAAAAAAUCCUCACAUUUUAACUCAAAUGUUGAACUUAAAAUUCGGACAUAUGAACUCCAAGAAAGCAAUGUGCAGUUGAAGUUAACUGUUGUGAAAACGGUGGGAUAUGGUGAUCAAAUGAAUAAAGAAGGCAGUUACCAACCAAUAGUUGGCUACUUAGAUGCUCAGUUUGAGUCCUAUUUUCAAGAAGAAUUGAAAAUUCAACGUUCCUUUGUUGACUACCAUGAUUCUCGUGUCCACGUGUGCCUUUACUUCAUUUCACCUACAGGACAUUCUCUGAAGUCCCUUGAUCUAUUAACCUUGAAGAGCAUUGACAAUAAGGUGAACAUUAUACCACUGAUUGCCAAAGCUGAUGCAAUUUCUAAAAAUGAUUUACAGAAAUUUAAGUAUAAGAUAAUGAGUGAAUUGGUUAAUAAUGACAUCCAGAUAUAUCAGUUCCCAACAAAUGAUGAAAGUACUGCUCAAAUGAACUCCUCAAUGAAUAAACACUUACCUUUUGCUGUAGUGGGGUGUAUAGAUGAGGUGAAAGUUGGAAAAAGGAUGGUCAGAGGCCGACAGUACCCUUGGGGAGUUUUACAAGUGGACAAUGAAAAUCACUGUGACUUCGUUAAGCUCCGGGAUAUGCUCCUUUGUACAAAUACAGAAGACCUGAAAGAACAAACCCAUACCCAGCACUAUGAACGUUAUAGGUGCUUCAAACUGCAAAAAAUCGGCUUUACUGAUGUGGGUCCAGACAACCAGCCAGUUAGUUUUCAAGAGAUCUAUGAAGCUAAAAGACAGGAGUUUUAUGAUCAAUGCCAAAGGGAAGAAGAGGAAUUGAAAAAGAAGUUUAUGCAGAGAGUAAAGGAGAGAGAAAUAGCAUUUAAAGAAGCUGAAAAAGAACUACAGGACAAGUUUGAGCAUCUUAAAAGAAUCCAGCAUGAGGAGACAAUAAAACUUGAGGAGGAGAAAAGACAAUUGGAAGAAGAAGUAAUGAAUUUUUAUAAGAUGAAGGCUGGCUCUGAAACGCUGCAGACUCAGGGUUACACCAAUAUAAAAAAGGACAAAGAUCGUAAGAAAUAGCUCUCUCUUAACCAUUCUCUGUUGUAGAGCCCUGUCGCCCUUUACCUUAUCUUCCUGAGAUUGUUUUCAUACCUCUGAUGAAAGUUCUACUAAUUUUUAAAAUUUGCUUAUUGUGCAUUUUCUCCAGCUCUCAAGAGCAGGUGCCUUGUUAGCUGCUGUAUCAUCAGCAUCUAGUUAGAACAAAGGUUACCACAGAGUUGGCACUCAGUAAUGUUCAAUAUGCUAAAUGAAAUCGAAUCAAAGAAAUAUAUGGCACAGUGUAAAAACUGUUGAUUAGCAUAAAAAUUAUUUUAGCAUAGCAUUGCCUGUGGCUCACAUAUACAAGUACAGUUACUUUGUUUUUAAUCUAAGUAGAAGAUUUGUAGGGGGGUCAUAGGCAUAAAAUAUUUUUAUAAAAAGAUGCUUCUUAGAGAUCAUUCUCCUUAUCAAAAUCUACUGAUAAUUAUUUCUUGAUAGUUUUUAUUAUAAUAAAAGAUUAAGUUUUUGAUUAGAACUAUACUUUGAUAUAGUUCUUAUAAAUAGUUCUUUAUAAGGAUAGUCAGUCCUUAUAAAACUACAAUAUGCAGAAGUUAGAGCCAGAGAACAAUGAGAAACCAUAACUAACAUUUUGAUGACAUUGUGCCUUAUAGAUUUUGGAAAUGUGUUAAAACACAAGUUAGCAAAGUAUCAGAAAAUAAGGUAAUUUUUUUGUAAUUUUAAAAAUUUCCUUCCAGCAUCAAAACCAUACCAGUUCUAUAAUACAUAUAGUGUAGUGUUGUGAACACUUGUAAAUAACAUGUUACUAAAAACACACUUGCAGGCUGCAUUGAGCACAGUGUUGUUUCAAUGACUGGAAGUGAUAUUAUGUUCACAUAUAAUAAAGAUAUUUCUAAGUACACUUCUCUAUGCUGCAUUCAUACUGUAUAGUUUUAUAUCCAUGGAUGGAAGUGAUAGUCAUUAUGAAUAUUCAUUUAGUGAGGUGUUUAAGAAGAAUUAUCAUAAAGUUGUUACUAAGAAUGCCACUUGCUAUCUGCUUUCAGUUGAUUGUUAAUAGCACUGAAUGAAAGUGAUCUUUAUUUUGUAAAGCAUGUAGUAAAGUGUUUAAAAACAUUUGUAAUGAAGAUACAUGUGUUUCUAUAAGCACUACUUGCAGGUUGUGUUCAAACCAGUUAUAUUACUGAAUAAAAGUAAUUCCUAUUUUUUUAAUGAACAUAAUGAAGUGUUUAAGAAUGAUUGUAGCAAAGCUGUUUCUAAAAACUUUAGUGCAAAAUACAUUCAGAACAGUUUUAAACAAGUGAAUGGGAAUGGGCCCUAUUAUGUAAUGUAUGAAGUAAUUAAGCACGUUUGUAGUAAUGAUGUUUGUGAGACUGCCACUUGCAAGCUGCAUUGAGAAUUGUGCUAUAUCAGUGACUGGAAGUCACUGCAAUAAUAAGUGUAGUGAUGUAAUUCAGUCCACAUUGUAUGAAUAUGUUUCUUGAGACUAUUAUUGGGAAGCUGAUUUCAGACCAGUGUUAUGAAAGUGAAUAGAAGUGAUCCCAGUCUCUAAUGUAUAUAGGAAAUUUGAUAACAUUUGUAAUAAAAAUGUUUCUUAAAAUGUUACUUGCAUGCUGCAUUCACAUAGGGUUCUAUCAAUAAAAGGAAU